AGAAGGGAGCUUGUUCGGCGGCACAGAGGCGCGCGGGGCUGGGCCAUCCUCCAGGCGCAGCGCUGAGAAAGCCCAUCCCCCCGGCCCGGGGGUGGGGGGGGCCCGGAGAUUGCCCGCGACCCGCGCGGCGCGCAGCGAUGGAGUCCUCCUGGCUCGAGACGCGCUGGGCGCGGCCCUUGUACCUGGCCUUCGUGUUCUGCCUGGCCCUGGGGUUGCUGCAGGCCAUCAAGCUCUACUUGCGGCGGCGGCGGCUCCUGCGAGACCUGCGUCCCUUCCCCGGGCCCCCCACCCACUGGUUCUACGGGCACCAGAAGGUAAUGGAAGCGAGGGACGGAGAAGGUGCUGCCGAGGAUACCAGGCGGGCGGAGAGUUACUUCAGGAUGGUAAAAUGGAGAAAUUUGAGGAGGUUGUCGAAAAAUACCAUUGUGCCUUUCCUUGCUGGGUUGGGCCUUUUCAGGCAUUUUUUUAUAUCUAUGACCCAGACUACGCAAAGACAUUUCUGGGCAGAACAGAUCCCAAGUCCAAGUACCUGUACAAGUUCCUGAUUCCGUGUCUUGGAAAAGGACUGCUGAGUCUAGACGGACCCAAGUGGUUCCAGCACCGUCGCCUACUAACUCCUGGGUUCAAUGUUAACAUCUUGAAAUCAUAUGUCAAGGUGAUGGCCCAUUCUGUGAACACAAUGCUGGGUGAGUGGGAGAAGAUUUGCAGCCCUCAGGACACAGCUGUGGAGGUCUAUGAGCACGUCAACUUGAUGACCCUGGACAUACUUAUGAAAUGUGCUUUCAGCCAGGAGACCAACUGCCAGAUAAGCAGCACCCGUGAUCUUUAUGUUAAAGCAAUGUUUGAAGCCAGCAAAAUCAUCUUUUACCGCUCAUACAGUUUCUUACAUCACCAUGACAUCAUUUUCAAAUUCAGCCCUCAGGGCCACCGCUUACAGGAGAUGGUCAAAAUUCUACAUCAGUACACAGAAAAAGUAAUCCAAGAUAGAAAGAAAUUCCUCAAAGACGACAAGAAGCAUGGUAACACUCAGAAGCAGAAGUACCAGGAUUUUCUGGAUAUUAUCCUUUCUGCCCAGGCUGAAAAUGACAACAGCUUCUCAGAUACUGACCUAAGGUCUGAGGUGAACACAUUCAUGUUGGCAGGGCAUGACACCACGGCAGGGAGCAUUUCCUGGCUCCUCUACCACCUGGCUCUGAACCCUGAGCAUCAGGAGAGAUGCCGGGAAGAGAUCAGGGGCAUCCUGGGGGACGGGUCUUCUAUCACCUGGGACCAGCUGGGUGAGAUGGCAUACACCACAAUGUGCAUCAAGGAGUCACUCCGACUGGCGCCUCCAAUCCCAUCCAUUUCCAGAGAGCUCAGCAAGCCCAUUACCUUCCCAGAUGGACGCUCCUUGCCUGCAGGAAUAACUGUGGUUCUCAGUAUUUGGGGCCUUCACCAUAACCCUGCCAUCUGGGAAAAUCCAAAGGUCUUUGACCCCUUGAGGUUCUCCCAGGAGAAUUCUGAGCAGAGACACCCCCACUCCUUCUUACCAUUCUCAGCUGGACCAAGAAACUGUAUCGGGCAGCAUUUUGCCAUGAUUGAGCUAAAGGUGGCCAUUGCCUUGAUUCUACUCCGCUUCAAGGUGGCUCCGGACCCCACCAGACCUCUUGUCUUCUUGCACCAGAUUGUCCUCAAAGCCAAGGACGGGGUCCACUUGCACCUGAAGAAACUCUCCUGAUGUUACAGCCCCGGGUACAAAGAUUAUGUAUGUAUUCAAACUAUACAUGUAUAUAUAUAUAUACACACAGUUUGGAUAUAUAUAUCCAUCCAUCCAUACUACAUAUAUACAUACUAUAUAUAUAGUUUUAAAAUUAAACUACAGCUACUGGGCCAAGAAAAUGAAAAGGAAUAAAAAAAUAUGGUGGGAGGGUUAGGGGUAGGUGGGAUGGGGGUCUCUGUGUAACUGUACAUUAUCCAAAACCAUUUCUUUGGUGAUACCCUGUGUCACCUGGAUCUGUGUCUGUAUGAUUUGGGGAAAUUUUCCAAUCAUUUCUGUUUGAUUCUGGCUGCUGUUAAUGCUAUAUACCAAGAAUUUUGCUAGGUGACUUCCAUAAAUUUUCUGUUGCUUUUUAAGAUAGUUUUUGGAAUUACACAAUAGGUACACAUAUGCUUACAGUAGAAGAUAUCCAAUAUUCAAAAAGCAUGUAGAACAAAAAGUAAAAAUCCCACUCCACAUACCGUCCACCUCUCUGCCCUGACCAAUCCUACUCAUUUUCCUAAAAACAGAAUAGUUUGGUGUGCAUUCUUUCAUAACUUUUCCUAUACCUUUCAUAAAUACAUAUGUAUGUAUGUAUUUUUACAAAGGGGAUCGUAUCCAUAUUUUUCUUGCUUUUUUCACUUAAUAAAAAAUACAUCUUAUUCCUAAUCAUAGAUUCAUGAUAUUCUAUAAUAUGGAUGUAUUAUAAUUUAUUGAACUAUUUUCUUAUUAUUGGAUAUUUAAAUUAUUUGUGGUUUUUAAAAAAAUGCUUAUUGGCCAUUUGUGUUUAUGUUGUUGUCUGUGACUCAUACAUCACUUAUGCUUCUUUUUCCGUGGAGUUCUAUAUGAGUUCUUUAAUAUAGUGGGUGAUUGUCCUUGAUUGUAACUUUUCUUUAUAAUUUUCCUCAUUCUUUUACUUUUAUAAAACUGAAUGGUGUCUGUUAGCAUACAGAACUAAAUUUUCAUGAAAUAAGAUAAAUAAACUUUUCUUUAUGGUUUCUGGGUUGUAAUCUUGGAUAAGAAAACCUCCAUCUGGAAUAUUAUCUAGAUAUUCUAUGUCGUUUCCUGGUGCUAACAAUGCUUGUGAAAGCGAAGGAAACAGUCAAAAAAACUAAGAGGCAGCCCACGGAAUGGGAGAAUAUAUUUGCAAAGGACACUACAGAUAAGGGGACUGUUA